AUGCCCCGUUUCCCCCACAUCCUCCGGCUGCCGUCGAAGCUGCGGCGACGGGCACGGCGACAACGCAUGGCCACGCUGCUGGCGCUGUUAGCGUUCUGUUCGCUGCCGCUGCUGCUGCCGCUCUACGUCGUGUACCGGCCGCCGGGUCUGCUGAUUGCCGGCUUUGCCCGCCGCUGGCCCGACGUGCUGUGGCGCGUGAACCUCCCGUCGUCACCGACGACGUCACCGGACGGCCAGCCCGCGCCCAAGCUCGUCGCCCUCACCAUCGAUGACGUCCCGUCCGAGCACACGCGCGAGAUCCUCGCCAUAUUGCGCGAGCAUGACGCCCACGCUACCCUCUUUGUCAUCGGCGGCCAGGUCGCCGGCCACGAGGCUGUCUUGCGCGAGGCCCUCGCCCCUGCCAGCGGCCACGAGCUCGCCAACCACGGCAUGCACGACGAGGCCGCCCGCGCUCUCGCCGACGGCGAGCUCGAAGCCCAGAUCCUCCAGGUCCAUCAGCUGCUGCAGAAUAUCUACGACCACACAAGCGCUGCCACCCCCCCACUCUACUUCCGACCCGGCUCCGGCUUCUUCAGCGACCGCAUGCGCGCUCUCGUCCGCUCGCUCGGCUAUCGCCUCGUCCUCGGCUCCGUCUAUCCCCAUGAUGCUCAGAUCGCCCAUCCCUGGCUCAACACCCACCACAUCCUCGGCAUGCUGCGGCCUGGCGCUAUCGUCAUCUGCCACGACCGCCGCUCCUGGACCCCGCCCAUGCUGCGGGCUAUGCUGCCGGCUGCCAUCCAGCAGGGCUACCGCUUCGUCACUGUCACCGAGCUGCUGGCCGCAGCUGCUUAG